UUAGCUCAAUAGGGUUCACUUUGUCACCAACACUCUCACUCUUCACAGCCUCUCUCGUCGGACACAGAUCGCCGCCGCGCCUCCGUGCUUCCGGCCACCACCGCCGCCGCCUUCAUCAGUGACCUACCAAGCGGAAAUCACCAAUUACAGCAAUCUCACAAGGGUAGAAAAUGAAUAAGGAUAAGAUUUUCAAGCUGGCAAAGGGGUUUAGGGGAAGAGCGAAGAAUUGCAUAAGAGUAGCAAGGGAGAGGGUCGAGAAGGCGCUGCAAUAUUCCUACAGAGACCGCCGCAACAAGAAGAGGGACAUGCGUGGCCUUUGGAUUCAGCGGAUCAAUGCCGGUACCCGCCUUCAUGGUGUCAAUUACGGAAACUUCAUGCAUGGGUUGCUGAAGGAGAAUAUCCAACUUAACAGGAAAGUGCUCUCAGAGUUAUCCAUGCAUGAACCGUACACUUUCAAGUCGCUGGUCGACAUAUCCCGAAAUUCAUUUCCAGGAAACAAGAAUGUGGUGAUCCCUCCAAGAAAGGCAGCCAUUUAGAGCAUUUGGCACUUUAGCAAACAUUUAGAAGUAGUUUAUGUUAGCCUUUUCAACUAUUUUGAAGAUUUCUGGUUUAGCACGCUACAAAUGAUCAUCACCUGGAGCCUAUGUUUGAUGGGAAGAACCUUCGUCUUUAACUGAGGCUAUAUGGUUCAUAUGCUAUCUUUAGUUUCCGUGAAAAAUAAAAAAAUUCUUUUUUUUGUCAACAAAGAUUUCUUGUGAACAUUUACAGAACUUGUUCUAAACCUAGAAUUGCCUGUUAAAAUUAGGAAGAACAAUCAUAUGGUUCUAGACACACCCUCAGUUUUUUUUGGUAAUGAUAAGUUGUGGUUGCUCU